GUUAAGUUGAUUUACAUACUAGUUGCCAACAGUGGCUGUUAACGUUCUCAAGCUCCGCUUGACAGGAAGAAUUGAAGCAACUGUUUAUAUUAUCAAUUGAAGCUGUUAAAGGAAAGAAAACGGUAUAAACACGAAAAUGCAGGUAGAAACAACGAACAGCGAACAUUCCUCUCGCUCUGGUCGUCAAGUUGGCUCGCCUAGGCAAGCCCAGCGUGAAAUACCGAGAUUGAGUAUAAGACGAUCCUUCAGCACGGAGGCAUCCUCAAGAAGAAAGAAGAUUUUUUGCUUGUGUAUACUUUGCUGGUUUAUCGUUUUGUGCUUGACUGGUAUCAUUGUCAUAGCUGUGGUACAUUUUCAAAGCUCUUCCAGCAGAAUUGAUCAGAUAAGUGCCGGCGCACUAAUCGGGUUUGGUUUAUUGCUGAUCGUUGUUUUGGGGUGGACUGCGAUUCUUUACAACAGGUUUCAGAAAAGUUCGUCGAUUACAAGGCAAGACUCAAGGACUUACCCUCCUAGAGAAGAAAUGUUGGCGUUUGCUUCGUCUGAUUUAUUCGGCGGUAGAGGAGUUUCAACGAUUUCUACCGAUAACUCCGCGUCUCAUUCAGAUAGCUCAUCCGACGGAACCAGUCGACGCUUCAUGUAUCGCGAACGUCAUUACGAUGACGAGCGAAGAGUUAUUGAUCCCGUGAAUACUCGUUACAUAACUGAUGCUCCAAUCACUGUUUUUCACCCGUCAAACAGAAUGGUUCGACAUUAUCGAGAUCGGGUGCCUGGAGUGGCAAGACCUCAGCAUCUACAUUUUCCAGAACGUUCUCGUCUGGCAAUCGAAGCACCACGAUUUUAUAUCGACCGCAGUCGUGGUACCCGUCAUGUUAGAACACACUCGAACCCACUUCCCCCACCAUAUCAGCCACCUGUACCGACCCGACCGUUAUCAGAAAGCUUACCUAUGGGUUUUCCACCUCCUGCUUACGAAAGAGUGAUUGGUAGAAUGCGAAGAUUUGAUUCUACAGUCUCAGAGGAAAGCAGCUUGUAUCCCCCUGACUAUCAGUCAUCUCCACCAUCACCUCUUUCGUUGCAAACUGUAACGAACACGGGGCGACGGUCAUCUCUUAAUUUGCCUUCAGACAGAACAACUGAGUCACGCGCGUCCCUCAAUGUAACCGCGACUGACCGACCCACAUCAAUUGAUGUUGGUAUUCAGAUCAGUUCAUCCAUAUCUGCACCUGUAGAAAGAUCAGUAUUUGUCGAUUCUCCCUCUCAAAGUUAUGACCAACCACCACCAUCUCCGUCUCCUGGGAUUUCAACUGGAGAAUAUGCAAUUGAUCCCAGUUUUUGCAGGUUAAGCCCAGGUGCGCAAGCUUCACCUUCAAGCUAUUUUACGCCGCAACGCUACAGAUCCGCUUCGCCACGCCUUCAUUCACCCAAUCCGCCAUUACAUUCAACAGCACGUGCAACGGAAAGUAGUGGAAAUGACGCUCAGGCCGCUCAGGCUUUUGCUCCAGUGUUUUUGAAGAACAAUAGAUCGCCUUUUUCACGGCCUAUAUUAUCUUUGACUUCUCCAGAAAAUACUAUUCAGGAAAGCGUUGACAACGAAGAAGAAAGCGCUUUUGAAAGUGUAACUGAAACUCCAAAUUCACCUAAUCAGAUGGACCAACCAAGACCAAAUGUGGUCCUUGUAUAUUUGGCACAAUCUCAAGAAGAGGAGAUUAUAGUGUAAAGAAAAAAGUGAAUGUUUAAUCGUGAAAAAUGAGGGUUCAAAUCAUCAAUGAUUUUAGCGACUAUGUGAUUCAGAACCUCGUUCCUAAUAAAUCGUCAAGCUCUAUAUACCGAGAUCCGACGACCACGUGUCAUCACAAUUAUCUAUUUAAAUAAACUGACUUUUAUGCUCUGUGAGAAGCAGCAUAUAGUAACUACAGAACCCAUUGAUUUCUAGACGGUUUUUUUCUUUUUCCAUGAUUUUUGGUGAACCAAAAUGCUCAUUCAUGGGGAAGAGCAACCGACAAAACUUGUUGUAACAUGUAAUUCAUUGAAAGUGCCUGUUUACAUUAGAAACUCCAUCACCCGCAAUUUAUUAACUUAAAGAACUGUUUAGUUAAGUACUAAACAAGAAAAUCAGUUUUCCUUAAACCUAAUUUUGUGUAGAAACCUGAAGGUAAUACUUAAGUAACGUAGAAAUUAUUUUUAGUAUGUAGAUUAAGGCCUUUUUACAGACAAUAUUGUUCGCGUUAGUUGAGGGUCCUGGUAAAACACAUUAAUAUUGAUAUUAAAUAUUAGCCUGUAGAAAACAAAAUUAUGAUUUUGUUGUCUGGUCUAUUUGUGUCGGGCUUUCUAUAUAUUUAAUAGAUUAUUGUUUCACAAACAACGGGAAUAUUUCCGCGCAAAAAAGCAAUGUUCUUCUCAACUUUAAUAAAUAGAUAUAAAGUGUCAGGAUAAAAACUUACAUCUUUUUUAAUUUAAAGUUGACAAAGUUACUUAUAUCUCCAAGUACAGCUGCUGAUGAUUUAAACACGUUUUUGUACAUAUUUAUUUCGAAAUCCACGAAAUUAUCUGUAUUUUUAGUAAGUUAUGAAUAAAAUAUAUUUUAAUUUAUAUAUGGCACAAGUAGAACUAUUAAUGAUAGUUUAAAAAAUGGUAGAGGAAAUGCCUAUAGUCCAUAGGUCUGGGAAGACCAUGAAUAAGGACUAUACAAUAACAAUACAGUCCACAAUAACAAAAUGUUUUCCAGCGUUGAUUUUCUGAUUAUGCUUUCACUACCUCGUUCCCAAACGACUCCCUCGCGAGGUAAAUUUGCGCUGCGCGCAGAGCGGCGAAAAGGAGCUCAGGCCACCCGGCGUC